CACUGUGAGAUGCUCUAAUUUCUUUCCUUGUCUCUAAACUUUUUUCUUCCACAUAAUAUACAAGGUACAUCACGUUGUCAACUCCUGUCAAACAGCUCGUCGCUUCUUCCCUAUUGUUAACGCCGAUUCCCCAGCAAUGACAGACCAGGAUAAUUCCUACAGACCUCGAUCCCCCGAUUUCUCCUCCUUCCAGUCCAACUUCCCUCCCCCUGCCGCCACCAGUCCUACCUAUCAAUUCAAUCCGCUGGGCCACCACCGCUCUUCCUACGACGCCUCCGCGUUCUUCACCCCGCAAUACCACCAGCGGCCGGCCGCUACACAACAAUACGUGCCUCCGUUCUCCCCCGGUUACCCUAUCCAGGAUUUCGAUAUGGCCCGGAGAUCAUCUCGCAUUGCACGCGCAUCCGAAGUCGACCCCGCGCCCGAAUCAAAAUACUUCGAGGAACACAGUGAGCCCGAGCCGUCAGAGGAGAUGGCGGACUUUGAGCCUGAACCUGAAUUUAAGCCUGAGCCCGUGGAGCUGGAGCAGCCGAUCAAGGAAGAGGUCACGGAGGAGGUCAAGUCGCGUCCCGGGGAGGGGAUAGAGGUCAAAACUAAGUUUCCGGUGGCGCGCAUUAAGCGCAUUAUGCAGGCGGAUGAGGAUGUCGGGAAGGUUGCGCAGGUUACCCCGAUUGCAGUUUCCAAAGCAUUGGAACUCUUCAUGAUCUCCCUCGUCACCAAAGCCGCCAAAGAAGCCAAAGACCGCAAUUCUAAACGCGUUACCGCGUCGCAUUUGAAACACGCUGUUGCUAAGGAUGAGGUUCUAGACUUUCUGGCAGAUAUCAUCGCCAAAGUCCCGGACCAACCCAGUCGGAAACAGGAUGAUGAUGGAAGCGAUCAGAACGAAGGGAAACGAAAGCGCGGAGGCCGACGACCGAAAGAAGAUAAUAGUGACUAGACCCUGGCGGUUUUGUUUGGAUUCUUUGCGCGGUGUUGGUUCCGUGACGUCUUUCCUUUUUGUUUUAUUCUAUCUGUGGACGACUUGACGGGCUUCUUUAGACUGGAUAGGAAAGCGGGCGCAUCUUCAUGUUAUUAUGUUCUUUGGCGUUGUGGUGGACAUGGUUGGGUUGCAUCUUUCCAUGUGAAUAUCCGUAUACGUUUUUGGGAGGAAUGAUUGGGUCUCAGAGAUGUCUGAUAAUUGAAUAAUCUUCC